AUGUCACAAAUCCCAACUACGGCACAAGCGUGGCGCUUGCACAAGCUCGGUCAUUUGGCCGAUGCCAUCCAGGAGGAUACGGUGCCCACUCCUUCGCCUGGCGAUGGGGAGGUGCUGGUCAAGCUCAGCCACGCUUCGCUCAACCCGGUAGAUUACAAAAUUGUGGGAUUGCUUCCGCGCACAGUCGGAGCUGAUUUCAGUGGAGAGAUUGUCAGCGUUGCGCAAGGUUCCCACGCUUCUUGGGUCAAGCAAGGCGUGCGGGUGUACGGCAUCUGGUCUGCGGACAAGGCUAUGGGAAAUGGCAGAGGAUCCCUCUCCACCUAUUUGACCAUCCCUUCCAAAUGCGUUGCUCCUAUUCCACCUUCGCUGGACUACGAAUCGGCAGCGGGCAUAGCUCUGACUGGAUUGACGGCUUUUAGUCUGAACGAGACGUUUGAAAAGGGUUGGAAAGUCUUCAUCGUGGGAGGAAGCACUUCUGUAGGCUUGGCUGCGGCUGAUAUCGCAAAAGCUAAAGGAGCAAGCUUGGUCGUUGCCAGCGCGAGCGGAGAAAAGAAGAAUGUGCUCAAGCAGCGCGGUGUGGAUGAAGUCAUCGAUUACAAGGAGGUGGACGUGGCGGGAGAAUUGUCUCUGCGCUACAAGGAUCAGCCAUUCGACGUCAUUUUCGACUGCGUAGGUGAUCGCUUCAUCCACGCAAAGUGCCCUGCGUUCCUGAAACCCACGGGCGAAUAUCGAUCCGUUGGCGCAUCGUCGCUCUCUCCGGAAUCUAGAAUUUGGUCUGCAGAAUCUAGAUCCUUAGGUCUGUGGUUCUUUAGAGCAUUAAUUCUCCCCAGCUUCCUGGGUGGCAUUCCGCGAAAGUUCAGACUCUUGGGAUUGAAGGAUGAUGAUCUUUCCAAGCUCGACGACUUUGUUCAAUCUGGCCAAUUGCGCCCCGUGGUGGACAAGACCUAUCCAUGGAACGAAGCGCGCGAAGCUAUCAAGUAUCUGGCCACCGGCCGAGCUCUGGGUAAAGUCAACAUCGCAGCGCCCGUGGCGCCUGCAGCUUGA